AUGGAUAACGCAGGAUGGCACGCCCAAAGACGCGCAGCAAGAGAACAACAUGACGCCUAUCUUCGAAGAGAGGAUGAUGUGCACCCGUUGGAUGAGAGAUUCAUUGGUGGAUUCGUUCCGGGACUGCCGCCAUCCCCGAUGCCUCCGCCUGUGCCAGCCAAGGAUUACUUCCCCAGUGUCGUCAGCCCGACACAUUCCCAAGGGACUACAAUAUCUUCGAGCACGUUGGCGACUAUGACCGCUGUGGAACGCUCGCAAAUACUCAGAGUCGCCAGAAUGGAACCACAUCUUCAGUUUAUGGUUGGACCACUCCUUAGGUAUGAUACGGUUGACCACGAGGGCAUAUGGCACGGCGCGGCCCUUAUAGUUACCGCCGAUUCGGGGUCGGUAUACGAACCGCAUCCUAUGUUGACUUACGAAUGGGACCCAGAUAAAUCCACGCAACCGGUGGAGAAUACCCUUAGGAACGGACGUGGUAGAUCGUUUGACCUGGGCCCACAUCCAGCCGAUCCUCACUCUGUCAUUCCAUCUCUUGGGAGUGCAAUGCACCCCAAUGGCCAUGCUCAGCAAGGCCCUAAUGCCGUUUUACAUCAAAUUCCGGGGCAGGAGAUAUAUGUAUAUGCUGGCCAGGGCGGCACAUUUACUUUUUGGCGGUUCCUCAUUGACAUCCCAUUGGGACCAAAAGAAAUGUCUAUCUCAUACACAAUAAACAAUGGUCAAGCUAUUCAGUUCUUUGUCCCGGGUCGCAAUGAGAAUAUGAAAUGGGCUGCUCAUUCCUGCAAUGGCUUUUCUGCGGGAGUAAACCCAGAUGACUUCCGAGGUCCAGGGUAUCAAAGUGGGUACGACCCAGUGUGGGUUGAUCUACUCUCCAAACAUAAUCGGGAGCACUUCCACGUCAUGGUUGGAGGAGGUGACCAACUAUACUGCGACAGCUUAACUCGUGAGCCUGAAUUGCAAGAAUGGGUGUCAGCUCUCAAACCGGAAGCCAAGAAGACGCACCCGCUUACCGAUGAUAUCGCGGAGACUAUUGACCAUUUCUUCUUCAACCACUAUUGUCAAUGUUUCCGACGGGGGGCUUUUGCUCGCGCGAAUAGCACAAUACCAAUGAUUAAUAUGGCAGACGAUCAUGAUCCAGAAGACCUCCAAAUGGCGCCAGUAUUUCGCAGGAUCGGUUCGAGAGGAUACUUCUUCUUUCUCCUCUUUCAGUGCUUCAUAAACGUCGAAAUCGAUGGUGUGGACGACAGCCCUGGGAAGCACGUCAACCGCUCUAUCAUUUUCGGGGGUGUUGGUCCUUACAUCUCCUUGCCGUCCCAUUCGUUCUUGGCGUACCUUGGUCCUCAAACAUAUAUUCUAAUGCUAGAUUGUCGUGCAGAGAGGAAAAAGGAUCAAGUAUGUAGCGAACUUGAAUACCAAAAGGUGUUCGGCCGUUUAAGGCAGCUACCACGGGGGGUUGAGCACUUAAUUGUUCAACUAGGAAUUCCAAUCGCUUACCCGCGUAUGGUAUUCCUCGAGAAAGCACUAGGGUCGAAGUUCAAUCCCCUCGUUGCAUUGGGUAGGAAUGGGUCACUUGGUCUCUCAGGAUUCGUCAACAAGUUUAAUGCCGAAGCUGAGCUAUUGGACGACUUGAACGAUCAUUGGACCGCGGAAUCGCACAAGAAGGAGAGAAACUGGCUUGUUCAACAACUCCAAGUGUUUGCUCUGGAGAAAAAGAUCCGGAUAACGUUUGUAUCCGGCGAUGUCCACUGUGCUAGCGUCGGCGUGUUUAAAACGCUAACAACGAAGAAGGAACGAGCAAUACCCCCUCGUGAUGAUCAUCGUUACAUGCUGAAUGUCAUUACGAGCGCCAUUGUAAACACCCCUCCUCCUAACGCUGUCAUAUCCAUGGUAUCUUCCCUUGCCACUAAAGUUCAUAGAACAUUACACCAUAUUGAGACUGAUGAAUCGAUGAUUCCUCUGUUCGAUGUCGAACCCCACGAUGGCUCAAAACGCUCCCAAAAGUUCAUCAUGGGCAAGCGGAAUUGGUGUGGAGUAAGAUGGGAUGGACAAACGGGGGAUCUCGUGUUCACUCUCUUUAUCGAGAAGGAGAAAGGGGGCGGUCAAACGAAAGGGUAUACUGUGCGUUCGCCGCCGCCCCGAUGGUCCUCAGCUCAAUAA